CUGCGGGGGGAUCUCUGUUUUCAUCGCACGGCAACUUGUUGCGCGUGUCGGAAAACAGGGUCCGCGUCAGGCCUUGGGUCAUGUAGUGAAGUGAGGGGUUGAAUGGCUGCAGUAGCAUUGGGAUGAGAGUGGGUAGAAUGUUGAGCACGCGAGCCUUCGGGUCAAGGUCCGGGGGGGCCUUCAGCAUUUGUUGGCCCACCCCCCACCCAACGCCAUUUCGGCGGUGCCCGCGCGGGGCCCACAGGGCGUGAGCACCAGGCAGCUCCCCAUCGUCGGUGCCAGUCCUGUCAUUCAUGUCCCCCCCUGCCGGCGCCGGCGCGCCCGGCGGCAGCCUUCCAGGCCUGCGGGGGGAUCUCUGUUUUCAAUAUUGCGUUGGACUUUUGGGAGCCCGCGGUCCUGCCUCCCGCCGACGCCAUGCAGCCGCGCCUCUUCCGGCAGCGGCUGUUCGAGCUCGCCGCGGAGUGCGAGGCCCUGUGCGCGGACGCCGCCUGGGCCUUCCGCGGCAGCGGCCGCUCGGCCGCGGCGGGGCCUGCGGGCGGCGGCCGCCCGCCGCAGGAGGCUACGUCGGCCGAGGGCGGGGUGCUGGCCGGCGUGGGCGGGGACGGCGCGGCGAGCGCCCCGCAGCAGCAGGAGGGCGCGGCCACGCCGAGUGCCCCCGGCGGCGAGGAGGGCGCCGCGGCGGGGUCGCCCGGCGGCGGCGAGGGCGCGCAGCGGCGGCGAGGUCACGCGGCCACACCGAGUGCCGUCGGCGGCGCCGAGGACGCGGUGCCGAGGGCGCCGGGCGGCGGCGAGCAGGUCCCCGCUGGGACCGCUGUGGUGCCGCGGCCGGUCUUCUUCAACAGCACCCGGAGCGACGGCGAGCUCUCCAACCUGAGCGAGGGUGCCAACCAGUUGCGCGGGGGCUCCCUUGCCACGCCUGGCACUGCAGGGUCCGUCUUCAGUGCGGACGCGGAGGGCGUGACUCGUGGCCGGACUGGUCGCCACCACUUGUCUGUCCACUCGGGCUCGAGCUCCAGCAUGGGAGAAAUCAAUCGUACGACAUCAGCGCAAGGCCUCAAGACAUUCAAUAAGGCCGUGAGGAAAUCUUUGGCAACUAGUUUGGCUAAAUCCUCUGAUGCUCUCGCCUCUCAGGAGGAUCGGAGGCCUCUCACAUUGUUUGUCACAAGCCGCUAUUUCUCUCUUGCAUCUGCAUCCCUCAUCAUCAUGAGUACACUUCUGCUUGGCAUUGAGACCCAGGUUCUUUCUAGCCUGUCCUACAAAGGCGCAGGCUCGGAGCAGUUGCUAAAUGGUUUAUUGGCAGUUAACUACGCACUCACUUCCAUUUUUGCGGUGGAGGUGGCGAUGCGAAUCUACGUGCUUAGAUCAGGCUUCUUUCUGAAGGAAAGAGUGUGGAAUUGCUUCGACGUUGCCAUCCUGCUCCUUGCGCUUGUCGAGAUUGCUUUGGACAUCGGUGUUCGCAUGUUUUCAGGUGGGGGUCGUAACCCCUUCGACAAUGGUGGAAUGGCCAAGAUGCUGCGUCUCUUUCGCCUUACCCGUCUUCUUCGCCUCAUCCGAACAUUUCGCCAGCUGAAGCCCCUGCGGAUGCUUGUGCAUUCCAUAAUAUUCGCUGGAAGAUCUGUUCUGUGGGCACUCCUGCUUCUCGUCAUGAUCAUAUACGUCUUCGCAGUCAUCUUGACGCAGUCUGUGACGGAGCGUACUUAUGGUGGCAACUGAAUCGACGAUGAAGAUCUAGUGCGGUACUACGGGGAUCUGUACCGGUCAAUGCUGAGUCUAUGGAUGGCCGUGUCCGGGGGUAUUGAUUGGAAAGACCUCACCGCGCCGCUGGAGGGAACUGGAAGCAAUAUGUGGGUGAUGCUCUUUCUGCUUUACAUUGCUUUCGUAUAUUUCUUUGUUCUAUCGAGGGCGUGUCUUCUGUCAGAAUGCAAUCGAGGGUGCCCAACAGGAUUUGGACCUUUCGAUUGAGGCUCAUCUCAAGGAGAAGCAGGUCUACGUUGAUCGCCUGAGGCUACUUUUCGAGGAGAUGAACGAAGGUUUUGAUGCCACCGUCGGUGGGCUGACUGCAGCUGAGCUCCACAUGCAGAUGGCCAAGCCUAAAGUGCAGUCAUGGUUCAAACCCUGAACAUUGACGCAAAGAAGUCGUGGAAGCUCUUCAAGAUCCUCGACGCGGCUAGCACGGGCAGCGUCACCCUCGAGGAGUUCGUUGAGGGGUGCCUGCAGCUGAGAGGGUCGGCCACACGGGUCGACGUGGAGUCGCUGAAGUGGGAGAUCAGAGCCGCGAACAGUCGCGCGGAGCGUGCUGCUGCGAGAAUUGCUACGCUGCUCGAAAACAUUCAACCGUUGAGGGCCGUACAUGGCAUGGACCGAGACAGGGCUUCCACUUAGCCUGCUGCCAGUACCUCGGGGAGACCGCCACACAGAAGCGCGAUCACACAAUAGAGACAACGGCAUGAUGCUCGUCCAGCAGACUCACUGAGGGACUCACUGAGGGCUUUUCCCUGGGUUGCACUACGCAAUGUGAUCGGACUCUACGUAGGGACCUGUCACAGUUCACAGUUCGCAGCUCCGUAGAACUCUAUCGAAGGAACCUGUCGGACGGACGUAGGAACCUAUGGGGCAGCUUCACAUAGCCAGACCCUGAGCUCACCUGUCCGUGCCGCUGCCGCCGACCUCGUGUGCAACCAAUUUUCCAGAGGCAGUCGGAGAAAAAGCAAUACCUAUUUGCACCUCGAUGUUCAUGUUCGAGAGGCUUGCG